AGCCUGUUCUACGCGCCGCUGAGAGAAGGAGUGGCGCGCACUGUGAGGGAGCAGCCUCCUUCUCAACACCAGAGGAAACUAAAAGGCAGCCAACCAGUUAGCAGGGAAAACGUCGCCGGUAACUUAACUUCACGAUACUGGUUUUCCCCAACUUUUCGUCUCUCGAAAAAGCUAGAGAAAGUGAGAUAAAAGUUUCCGAGGCGGCUGGUUUGACGGGACGCGUUCGAUUAGACAUCCGCGCUCUAAUGUCCCACGCGCGUCCUACUGGCCUUUCGCGCCGCCGGUAAUAAUAACUGUGGGACGGGUUUCGAGCAGACGGCAUGGCUUCAGCAAACUUCAAUCCCUAUCAUGGAGGUCAAACUGUGAACGGCAGCAUGCCUGAGGACUCGGAAGUUCCUGAUCUUGAAUGGGACGAUAUUCUUAUCAUCAUUUUAAAAUCAUGUGUACUAUGUUUGAUAAUGUUCGCCGCUGUGUUUGGCAAUCUUCUUAUCAUCAUCAGUGUGUAUCGCCAUCACAAACUAAGAAUCAUCACAAAUUAUUUUAUCGUGUCCCUGGCCUGUGCGGACACGUUAGUGGCUUUGUUUGCAAUGACUUUCAAUGCCAUUCAUACAAUAACGGGUAAGUGGAUGUUUGGACAGAUACUGUGUGAUUUCUGGAAUAGCUGCGAUGUUUUAUUUUCUACAGCUUCCAUUCUCCAUCUUUGUUGCAUCAGCCUGGAUCGCUACUAUGCUAUAGUUAAGCCUUUUGAUUAUCCCAACCGUAUGACAAGCCGCAACGUAUCCAUCAUGCUUGUAAUUGUAUGGGUCGUAUCAUCAUUAAUUAGUUUCAUACCUAUAUUCUUAGGAUGGUACACCACAGACGAGCAUCUGGAAUUCCGCUCUCUGCGUCCAGAUGUUUGCGAGUUUGUUGUAAACAAACCAUACGCAGUCGUAUCUUCCUGUGUUUCGUUUUGGGUACCAUCACUUAUAAUGGUUGGCGCAUAUAUUCGCAUAUUCUGUGAGGCCACCAAACAGGAAAAGAUGAUAUGUGCCAGUAAAAUAACUGCCGCCAUACCGCAGUAUCCGCGCAACAGCACGGACACUACAGCUCAGAUGGUGGUCCAUGCCCCUCAGCAUCGUAAUUCUCAUGUUGACGACGAGCAUUCGACUCCAGUCAAAAGGAACUACAGCAAGAUGAAGAGAGAACACAAGGCUGCAAAAACUCUCGGUAUCAUUAUGGGUUGCUUCAUUUUCUGUUGGUUACCAUUCUUCAUAUGGUACGACACUGUCAGCUUGUGUGACAGCUGUGAAUGUCCUGACAUUAUCGUUCAGAUCCUAUUUUGGGUGGGAUACUUCAAUUCAUCGCUCAACCCUGUUAUUUACGCGUACUUCAAUCGCGAUUUUCGGGACGCGUUCAAGGAUACUAUCAUGAACUUCUGUUGCAAAUGCGAGUGCACCAAGAAUUUGCUGAACAGAGAUGCUCAUAGGAAUAAUAACAUUCACUUUCAUUGUACGUACAGAUCGGCCCAAGACAUUGGACUUUCGGAGAAUAAGUGUAUGCGAGAUAUAUAGCUAUAGGCUUUCCUAAAUGUUCGGUUUAGGUGGGACACUACAACAGAGGCGGAAAAAAAACUAAAUUAGUUGGCGAGAUGAGUUGGCUUGGCCGUGAACAUCAUGACACAAAUGACGGAUUGUCCGCUAGUGGUAAUCAGCUUCAAGUUAAGGUUCAUUGUGCUUUUCAAAGCCAUUCGGCGGAUCCAAUUACGCCUUGACACGUGAUUCUUCUGAAUCAGAUAGAAAGAAAGAGAAAAUUACACCACAAACUAAAAAGAAAUAAUUUGAAAAGCGGAAAAACUUCAGGAAAAAUAGAAAAAAAGACAGCUUGUGCAGUAUGCAAUUACGACCUGUUUUCCAUGGUGAUUUUCGACUUUUAACUUCGUAAUAUGAUUUUUCUUUUUGCAUGACUUCUAAAGAAAAUAAAUAAGUGAAAUCGUGAAGAAUAUAUGUUUGCUACAUUAAUUCUUUGUAUAUGCUUAAACAUCAAGAAACAAAUUUCAUUUAAUUUAUUAAAGAUACCAAGGAAUAGCUUAAUUUGUAUAUAAGGACAUUUUGUACUGUGAGCAACAUGACAUUUGUAAAAAAAUCACUAUUGUUUCAUUUCCUAAUUGAAAUUUGUCAAUAAAAAUUCAGGAUAUAAA